AUGAGGUUUCAGCUUCGCUGGCCCAACGCGGCCAAUGGCUCAGUUUCUCAACCUCGCUCUUUUUUUCCUUCUCUUCCUUCGGGCAGGAUGUGCUCCUGGAUGUUCGUCCUUCGGUACCAUGGCGUCGGUCUCGUCAGCAAGAGUAAUAACAAUGUUGCGCAAGAACCUGUCCGAGUGUCAGUGCCAAUCCCUUACCGGCAACUAUAA